GUGUGUCCCGGAAGUGAAAGCGGAGGACUGAUGUGUGUCUGGAGUGCAGGAAUCUGUCGGUAACGUUUGUGUUGAGCUCUCCUGCGUGAGAAAAUGGACACGUUAAACAAACUGAAACAAUUUGACGCUUAUCCCAAAACUUUGGAGGAUUUCCGAGUGAAGACGUGGGGAGGAGCGACCGUGACCAUCAUCAGCGGUGUCAUCAUGUUAAUCCUGUUUGUCUCCGAGCUGCAGUACUAUCUGACUAAAGAGGUUCACCCUGAGCUGUACGUCGACACGUCGCGAGGAGACAAACUGAAAAUUAACAUCGACAUAAUGUUUCCUCACAUGCCCUGCGCCUAUCUCAGUAUAGAUGCAAUGGACGUGGCCGGCGAGCAGCAGUUGGACGUUGAACACAAUCUGUUCAAACAGAGGCUGGACAAAGACCUUAAACCUGUCACCCUUGAGGCAGAGAAACAUGAACUCGGUAUGGCUGAUGAUGGCGAAGUGUUUGACCCCAGUACACUGGACCCAAACAGAUGUGAGAGCUGCUACGGAGCUGAGACUGAAGACCUCAAAUGCUGUAACACCUGCGAUGACGUGCGGGAGGCGUACCGGCGGCGAGGCUGGGCGUUCAAGAGCGCCGACACCAUCGAGCAGUGUAAAAGGGAGGGCUUCACACAUAAGAUGCAGGAGCAAAAGAACGAAGGCUGCCAGGUUUACGGCUUCCUGGAGGUCAACAAGGUUGCAGGAAAUUUCCACUUCGCACCAGGAAAAAGUUUCCAGCAGUCUCAUGUUCACGUUCACGCUGUGGAAAUACACGACCUGCAGAGUUUCGGCUUAGACAACAUUAACAUGACCCAUCUGAUAAAACACCUGUCGUUUGGUAAAGAUUACCCCGGCAUCGUUAACCCUCUGGACGAGACAGACGUCACAGCGCCACAAGCAUCAAUGAUGUACCAGUAUUUUGUGAAAAUCGUUCCCACCAUCUACGUGAAAACUGAUGGAGAGGUGGUAAAAACAAACCAGUUCUCAGUCACCAGGCACGAGAAAGUAGCCAACGGGCUAAUAGGAGAUCAGGGGCUGCCGGGCGUGUUUGUUUUAUAUGAGCUGUCACCCAUGAUGGUUAAAUUCACAGAGAAACACAGAUCGUUCACACACUUUUUAACAGGAGUUUGUGCCAUUAUCGGAGGUGUAUUUACAGUUGCCGGUCUGAUCGACUCGCUCAUCUACCACUCGGCUCGGGUCAUCCAGAAGAAGAUAGAGCUGGGCAAGGCGUCCUAACAGCGCCUCCUCUGCCCCCCCCCCCCCCCCCCGCUGGCCUCCACGGUGCAACACAGACCAAGACACGGACACAGAGACAGAAAGAAGAGGGACAGACAGACCGAGGGGGAAGUGUGGAAACAGAAUCAAGCAGUUUGUUUUCCUUCAGUCUUUCUGUCUUCUGUCAGAUUGAAUGAGAGAAUGACAGAGAGAGACGGAGAGGUUUUAAAUCAGCCAAGGCUUUAAUUCCUCUGUCUCUCUUUUCGUGGUGGAAAAGCACUGGAGAGGAACUUGUGGGCCUUUUUUGUUUGGAAUUUCACUCUCCCACUGUUAAAUUCAAUGCCAACAGGACAGAGUCAGAAUCAGACAUCGACUUUUUGAGAUUGAACUCGAGCGGACCAGGGGACGCCUCGUUAAUUCAGACCCAGCCUCUAGAAGCUUCUUCGUGGAGAGAGGGAACUUCCUUUCCCUCGCUCCUGUUUACGCCCCGCUUCGGCAUCGGUCAGCACCCAGUUCGCCUCGCUGAAUGUUUGUGGUUGAGCCUUCGCUCCAGAGGGGCGAGGAUGAGAGGGCACAGAGGUUUUUUAAAGGAAUACAUCACCCAAAAUCUUUAGUUUUUCUUAUCACCUGGACUGAUUAAAAACAUGUUUGUACUCUUAUCUUUAAGCAGAAUCACAGAAAGCGCGAUAGGACCUUAAUAAUGUUUCCUCAUUAUUACAAGACAGUUACUUUGUGAUCUCAAUGUAGUAACAUUUAUUGAGAUCACAAGUUGAUUGUUUGGGUUUUAAGGAUAAGUCUGCUGAUAUUUUAUACUUUUCUUAUUGUCAACAAAUCCCAUGAAAAAACCCACCAGAGAAUUGAUCCAGAGCCAGAUUUCUCUUAUUCCUCUGACAUCGAGCUCCACUGUUGUCCAAAAACACUGUUAAACUGGGUGACAUGUCCCUUCAUUACCAUCAACACUAAUACAAGUACAGUCACCACAUACACCGUCCUGCUGCUGGAGACACUCACUACAGCACCAAACAUAGAUCAAUCCGCAGCUCAAAGUAGUUCCCAAUAAAUGCACUAUUCCCUCCUAAAAACUACAGUGAGCAGCUGUUUAAGAAAAACAUCCCGAACAUCUUCAGAAGGAACCAGUGAGCUUGAGAACAUUGCUGGUUUCGGUCUUUUCAUGGGAUGUGUGUGUGUGUGUGUGUUGCCUGCCAUCUUCUUUAAGUUCUCUCCACACACACUCUUUAUGUACGUUUUGUCACGUUUGGGUUUACUUGAUCUAUACAGUAACCUUGAAUAAAACUCCAGUCCCUCAGAUAAAGACAAGUGUUCAAGCAGGAUCUGAAAGGAGCUUAAGAACCAGCUCGAUAUCGUGUUUCUGUUGUGAAACUGAGUCUCUGACAAACUGAGGAGAAACUGUUCCCUUUGAAUGUGAGGAAGUAACCAUCCGGGAGUUGUGAGCAGUUGAAACGAAAGAUUUUGGGUGACGUUUCCAUAAAGACAUGUACGAGAAAUGGUGGUUUUAAGACUGAAUAGGUGACUAAUUGAUUUGACACAAUCAGAAGCUGAUGGAAGUCCUGCAGUGUGAAUGGAGCCAGACAUUUAACAAGCCAAAUUCCUUCAGUGUUUUAAGCGUCAGUUGAGGUAAAACCGACGAGCCGCAGCCAAAAUGUGGGUCAGUUUCUUUCGUCCCCCAGCUUUAACUUCGGCUCGUUCAACUCGGAAUAUGAACAUGAACCCCGAUCAGAAAAAUCACUGUGAUUUCAGUGACACAGCUUUCAGCCCUGCUUUUCUUCCUCCCCUGUCCUCUGCGUCCAUCCUCCCUUUUCCUGACACCCAAUGUUUUAAAUUGAUUGCCACCAGAUAAUUGAAUGCAAAUUCCGGCCCUGUUUUAGGGGAAGUUACCUCCCUAACUGACAAAAUGACCCUUGGACUGACCCUUCCUUUAAUGUGUUCAUGCGGCGAUUUGGAAAUGAACUCUUGCUUUGAUUUUACCUCUUUUCGUUGUGUAUUCAGGAGUGUAAAUACUGUACAGACACAUCCAGCACUGCCUCAGAGGAAGGAGGGAAAACGACUAAACGCUAUAUGAAUCCUACCAGAUCGAGUGUUGCACUGCACUGUGUCAGUGUUAAAAACACAUUCAGAUUAAGUUGAUGAGAUUUUUUUUUUUUUUUAAUAUAGGGAAAAGGGCUGCUUCUAUUCUGCUUCUUUCUUUCUUUCUUUGGGAUAAUGGAACACAAUCUGCCCUUUUUAGACUGCUGUUAAACGAUAUGCUAAUGGAUUGUUUUUUUCUUUGCUUUUUUUUUAAUUUGGUCUGUGGGAGUUGGGGAAUGUUAAAGAACCAUAACACAACCAGUUGUUUCAGAUGAUGGUGCUCCUCCUGUGGCCCUGUGAUACUCAGAAGUGUUAUUCCCAUCCAGAAGCUGUCGGCUAAUGACAGGGGCCGACAGGGAGGCAGCAGGAAGCUCCAGACCACAAGAAGACAGUGUGUAAACGUGGGGUUGACUCUGACUUUCUUCCUGACUCACGUGUUGAGUCACCAUGUGAGACCCAGAUGUUUCUGCCGGUUUGAUCUUCGCCCCUCUGUGUUUAUUUUUAGCCGAUGUCGACCGUCCUGAGUGUUAGACAGACAGAAACACAGACCCAGCCGGGUGAGAUUGUUGGUUAAAAGGAAUUUUUCCAAAAACUACCACACAGAUGUUUGGCAUUUUCUGACCCAUUCAUUACAAAUCAAACAUAGUUUAUAUUUACCAUCUAUUUUACAGAUCGGGAUUCCAAAGUUAGCUUUUUCUUUUUCAAUUAUUGAGGUGUUCAAGGACGAUUGGAAAUCCAAAAUGUCAGAGUCUACUGAUAACAGUCAGUUUUGCAUCAGUGCAGUCCACACUGUCGGUCUGUCUAAUACCAAAUGCCACUGGUGCUUUUCUCAGUUAGCUCUGGAGCAAAUGGGACUGCAAGUUAUUUUUAUGAUGCAUUAAUCUUAUAUAAUAUAUCAAAUGUCAGAUGAGGUUGUAAAUAAGCCCCUCACAAGGUCCCAGAGCCCAAGGUGACAAUGUCGUUAGUGGACCAACUGCUCAAAACCCAAAGAUAUUCAGGUAUAAAGAUAUAAAAAGAAGAGCAACACAUCUCCACAUUUGGGACUUUUUUUUUUCUUUUAAAAAUGAAAAAAGUGAAUUAUCGAAAUAGUUGUACACUGUUCCAAAUGACAGCUCUCUGGUGUUGCUUUUUGUCAGUAAGACUGGAAACAAAAGGUUGGUCAUUCAAUAAUUGGAGCUUGUUCUUCCUGGAAAGAAAGAAGAAAAAGAGAAAGAAAAAAGCAGUUGAAAGUGCUGAAAUGACAGAAUUAAAAAUGUAUAUCUUUAAACAAAAGAUCUGGCUAAAACAUGCAAAACCUGGUGGUCCACACUUCACUCUACUAAUCACCUGUCAGUCAAAGGCAGCAGGACGUGUUUUGAUGAGUUUCUCCACGUGUGGCUCUUUUCUGUGUGUGUGUGUGGUAGAUCACCAUGUCCCAGUUCUUCUGUUUCUGUCUGUCUAAACAGAAAACAACAAAAAAAACAACUCACUUCCUGCCCACUUGAAGAUUAUAUCCUGGAAAUGAUGUACAUUUAUUCUAAAUAUGUCACAGGUUAUUACUUAAAAUACAAAAUCUCACACACUUAGACCUUGCAGCACUGAACCAAACCUCUUUUUUUUUUUUUAAUGGUUUUAACAACACUUAACUUCAGUUAGACUCCUGUAGAUUCACUCGGGUGACAAAUACAGUAUGUAGGAGCAGCUUAUGUCAUCAUGAUGUCGGUCCAGUGGGACCGAGACUGAAGCUCAUGUGACUGUUGCAGGUCACAUUAACAAGUAUAAGAGUAUUAUGGUUGUAAAGAGACACAAACUGUCCAAUAUUUCUUCUUUCUCUGUGUUCAAAUGGUUUCUGAACUCUGGAUGGUGCAGUUGGAUCACGAUGAGUCCUGAUGAGUCUGUUCUUGAUGGUUGGUCGUUGCACCUUUUAACAUCUAAAUCAGGGGCAGGGGUUGUGUGUGCGUGUGUGUUCUGAUGCCAGUUGCUGUGUGUGUGUGUGUGUGUGUGUGUGUGUGUGUGUGUGGGUGGAUGAGUGUGAGAGAGAAAUGUAUUUAUAUUUUGAUUGUCCUCAAACAGUUUUUAAAAUGACAGAAAAUAAAUGUUAAAUACACAA